UUACAAUCGCAGCGACGACUGCCUGCGGUCCAGCGCCUGAUAUUUUCGCAUACCGCACCGCCCAACGACCGCACACCAACCGAACACCCUGAUCCGCUGGAAAUGUCGGCCGAGAAGCGACCCGCCGCCGACUCGUUCGGCUCUACCCAGCUUGUCAAACGCGCAAAGCCAGAUGCGAAGACCAACGGGAGCUCUGCGGUGACCGUGGCCAAUGGCUCAGCGCAAAAUGGCGCGCUCAUGCACGCGGUCCCGCGCGGCGGCGUGCUGCAGUCGCCUGUGAUGGAAUUGACCGGACACAGCGGGGAGGUGUUCGCAGCCCGGUUUGACCCUACUGGCCAGAUUAUUGCAUCUGGAUCUAUGGACCGCUCAAUAUUACUUUGGCGGAGCUCUGGAGACUGCGACAACUACGGAAUCCUCACUGGCCACAAGCAAGCAGUACUGGACCUGCAUUGGUCGCGCGACUCGAGAGUACUCUUCUCUGCGUCCGCCGACAUGCACCUGGCAAGCUGGGACGUGGAAACCGGUGAGAGAAUACGGAGGCACCCCGGCCACGAAGAAGUUAUCAAUUGCAUGGACGUGAGCAAGCGCGGCGAGGAGGUGCUUGUCAGCGGCUCUGACGACGGAUACAUUGGUCUCUGGGACACGAGAACCAAGGACGCCGUUAGUUUCAUACCGACCGAGUUCCCCAUCACAGCGAUAGCCUUGUCCGAGGCUGGCAAUGAGCUCUUCACCGGUGGUAUCGACAACGACAUCAAGGUCUGGGACCUGAGGAAAAAGGCGGUCACCUAUUCGCUCUUGGGCCAUGCCGAUACCGUCACGUCGCUGCAGCUGUCGCCGGAUAACACGCUCCUGCUGUCCAACGCACACGACUCCACGGUUCGCACGUGGGAUGUACGGCCGUUUGCGCCUGCAGACCGAGCAGUAAAAACAUACGAUGGAGCUCCCACAGGGCAGGAGCGCAACUUGCUCAAGGCAAGCUGGGACGCAGAGGGUAAGCGGAUUGCAGCUGGUAGCGGAGACCAAAGUGUAGCCAUCUGGGAUGCCGGCACCGGAAAGCUUCUGCACAAGCUACCUGGCCACAAGGGAGCGGUGAACGACGUCCGCUUCCACCCACGGGAUGAACCUCUCCUGGUCUCCGCAUCUUCAGACCGCACGCUCCUUGUGGGGGAGUUGGCGAAGUGAGCAAGUCACCGCAAAGCCUCUUGGCUGCGGCUCUUGCAGCCCACCAAGAUGGCGCAAAGCGUGGCAAGAAACAAAAGGGCUUCCAACGGCCCUUCGUACGAUCACCGAGGCCCCGCAGUGUCACAAGGGCGCUGCUUACACACUGGAUACGCCGGUGCGACAUGCAGAGUUGGGGACCAGGAAACCUGAGGAAGCGAAACGUUGGCGACGACGCGUGCAGAACGCGCACAUGUAAAUUAGCUGCAGUGCAACGACACGGUCCCUAUGAUGUGGAGGAUUGUCAACAAAGAGAUUUGAUAAACACAAUUUGGGCGUUCAUGCCCCUUUUGACGGACGCGU